AGUGGCCGUGGCCGCAGUGUAGUAGAGUGUUGAGUUCUUCCACAGCCGCUUGAUCGGGGUGUUCAACAAGUUGUAUAUUACGCAGGUUACGCACGUGUUUUUGUUUGUGUUGUGUUUUUGCGAGAUAAAUGAGAACAAUAAAUUUUAAAUGUAAUUGCAGUAUUGUUUUAAGUGAAGUGUAAUAUAGUUUUCAGUAAUUUGGGCUCGGUUUUCCAUCUUUUCAAGGAUGACAAUAUCAGGCCGGUUGUGCGCGAUUGGCCUGUCAGUUAUCAGUGGAUGGUCCCAACACACCUUUACAGCAUAAUUCUCCUGAACUUGUUUUGGGCGAUGGCUUGGUGGAAUACUUUUGCCAUGGCUUUGUUCCGAUCAGUGUAUUCCCUGGGAGCGAGCAUGGGGCAAGAUGAUGUGACAUGCUGAAUUGUUUCUGGUGCCUGAGAGCAUUUACGGCAUUUAUCACUAGGAAAAUUUCUUCCCGUUAUGUUUUUCUGGUACGCUCUUGUAGGGACCACCUGAUCCUGGAUCGCUGCCAGUCUACCUUCCGUUUCUGGAAAAAGGACCGUUGGAUAUCUUCCGUGAAGUGCCCUGCCUUGCCAAUCUUCGCAUAGUUCCUCGAUGGUUGGAGGUUCAGCCAGAUGAUGUUCAGAAGCCAGGUUCAGCGCCGUAAUGCCUUGAUCUUCCCUGGAGAGAGCUUUAUAGAAAGCCUAUUUACUGAGGUAUGAGGAUGGUGCAUUCCAUGCCUGGUGAGGAGCCCUCGCACUUGAAUGUCCAGUGCUUUGAGAUUUGUCGUUGUCCACUUCACAAUUCCAAAAGAAUAAGACAGGGAUGGUAUUGCCCAGGCUUCUGGGGAAAUCAAAUGUGAGAACAAGGUGUUGCAUUAUCUAAAAUCGAUAGAGGCAACGAACACGUAUAAUAUUCAAAGUAAUACCCCCAAUGAAUUGAAUACCGAUAUGGACAUCAAAAUCGAUUGUCAGAAACAGUCACCAAGACCUGAGUGCUCUGUGCCAUUUCUGGACAUAUCGGAUGAAUCUCCUAUAUUUGACCGAGUAUUGGUAAAAAGAAAUUUGUUCAGAGAGAAUGCUGAAUCUCAUGAUAAGAGAAUCAAUAUUAUUGAGGAUAGAACUAUUCAGCCUCCAAAACUGUCUAAGGAAUCGGAAUCACAUACAUUGAAGUCAUUCACUACCAAUAGUAACGAUUCAUUUGAUGUAAAUUAUUAUUUACCAUCCAUAUAUACUUCUUCUGAUGAUGGGAGCCCUGCGAACCACUCUCCAAUUACGAGCAUAAACCACGAUAUCCACUAAGCAGAAGUAGAUGUGUCCAAAGAAUUCAACCACGAAGACGAGGGUCAAGCUGAGAUCUAUAAACGAAAGACAAAAAAAAAUCCUGAUAAUCAGGUUCUUUGUUCACUAUGUUUCGAAGAGGUUGGGCAUUUUGCAAGACAUUUAGAACGGAAACAUAGUGAGGAUGAAAGUGUAAAAAAAAUAUCAAAAAUGCCUCUUGGCAGUAAUGAGAGAAGAUGUGCAAUUAUGGCUCUGAGAAAAAAAGGAUACUUCCUUCUCAAAAAUGAAAAAGAAAAAUUUAAACCACUACGUGAAAACGCUGUUAAUACUAAUGAUGGUGAAUACUUACCUUGUGUCAACUGCCUUGGAUUUUAUAAAAAAACUUAUUUAUGGAGGCAUAAGAAAAGUUGCAAGGCAAAACCAAAUCAAGAUUUCGGGAAAUCUAAUCAGCACAUGUCAAAUGCGCAAACUUUUUUGGUAACCACCGGAUUACUCGGUAAUUUCCUCAAUAAAAGCAUAAUUAAAAAAGACGUUUUCGGCAUAAUAAAACCUGAUGAUGUGAGCUUAAAUGCGAAAUCGGACCCUCUCAUUUGCUUAUAUGGAGAAUCUUAUAUAAACAAGCAUAAAAGGAAGCAGAUGAACACAGUUGCUUCCAAUAGGAUGAGGGAAAUGGCUCGUUUGAAAAUAGCCAUAUCAAAAUCAAGCACAAUAAAAUCCUUGAUUGAUGCUCUAAUGCCUCAUCAUUACGAGCUGAUUGUCGCAGCAGCCAAAGUAGUGUGCGGAUUUGAUAGCAACAAAAAAACCUUCACAGCAUCAUCUUUAGCCCUACACUUUGGACUAACUUAAAAUUUUUGUGUGAUGUUGCAAAGAAAGCAAUACUCACGAAUAAUCCCUUGUUCACUUAUGAUGAACAAGAAAGGAAAAAAAGAUUAAAGCAGAUAUCGCAAACGAAGGAUAUGAUUACACAUCACUGGUGUAACGACGUUUCCAGUCUAGCAAAUAAGGUAUUGAAUGAAAUCAAAGUGAGCAAGCCUAAGAUACUUCCUGUUACGGAAGAUGUAAAAGUGCUUAAUGAUUUCAUCAUGAACAAAGCACAAGAGGCAUAUGAUAACUUGGAAAAUGACAUCAACUCUACAUCAGAUUACAAAGUGUUGAUAGAAUGCAUUUUGGUCCAAGUUAUGAUUUUUAAUAGGAAAAGGGUGGGAGGAGUUCAAUUUCUGGAAAUAAAAUCAUAUCAAGCAGAAACAACAAUUAUCAAUCAAAAAGAAAUGAUGGAUGCUCUAACUGAUCACGAAAAAACGAUAUGUUCUGCAUUUAAAAGGGUAGUUGUAUUUGGAAAAGGAAGUAAACCUGUUCCUUUAUUGUUCACGAAAUUGAUACAAAGAUAUAUCCAAAUAAUUCUAAGGGUACGAGAUGAGACUGAUAUAGUUCCCAAAAGCAAUCCUUACCUUUUUGCGAAUCCGAAUUGUGCAGACAGAUGGGUAAGUGGCCCGAGUGUAAUAAGGAAAUAUGCAUAUAUGUGUGGAGCCAAAAACCCGGAAACGUUGACUAGCACGAGAUUCCGUAAACAAAUUGCUACUAUACUUCAGAUAAUGAAUUUUGAAGAUGAUGAGAUGCAGCAAAUAGCCACAUUUAUGGGUCACACAGAAAAGACACUUAGGGAGUUCUAUCGAUUGCCAGAGGAUAUAUAUCAAACGGCAAAGGUUGCAAAGGUGCUAUUACUGCUCAAUGAGGGAAAAGGAAAAGAGUUCAAAGGAAAGAGCCUCGCAGAUAUUGAAAUCUCCGAAGAUUUGUUGGAAAUUGAACAGAAAGAAGAUAACAAAGACGAAGAGUGUGAGAAGGAAGUGAAUGAAAAAGAAACCAAUAGUCAGACAGACCAUAACAAAAAUACAAUGAGUCAAAUGGAUUACGAAAAUAUGAAUGACGUGGAUUGCGAAGAUAUGAAUGGAAUGGAUUGCGGAGAUAUGAAUGAAAUGGAUAGCGAAAAAACAAGUAAUACAUUUCAAUCAAACAGCUCUUCAACUGAUGUGGUCACUAAAAGUAAAAAAGCAAAACAGAAACUCCAUAUAUGGUCAGGAGAGGAGAAGCAAUUAGUACUCAAACACUUCUAGAAUCAUGUAAGGAACAAGAAGCCUCCUAGAAAACAUGAAUGUAUUGAAUUCAUUUCCAAGCAUUCACCAAGUUUUCAGAAUGAUGACUGGGUUAGAAUUAAAACCCUAGUAUAUAACGAAUACCGGCAAAAAUAGAUUGAUAUUGAAAGUAUUGUAUUGAGACUGAGAAGUAUUUAUUUUAUUUUUGUUUUGUACAUCCAGUUUUUAUUAUUGUUAUUUUUUCAAUGAGUUUUUUUGAUCACGUUUUGUUAUACCUUGUUUGCAGACGUGCAGUUAUGUGAUAUUUUGUUUUUUAUUAUAUUUUUUUUUCAAUGAGUUUUCUAAUCAAUUUUUGUUAUACCUUGUUUGCAGACUUGCAGUCAUGUGCUAUUUUGUGUUUUUAUUAUAGUUAUUUUUUUUA